AUGCAGUAUACAUUUGAAUGUGAAAUUAACAAGUGUGCUUUAACAUUGUGUUAAGAUGCACAAAAAUUUUUAAUCAAGUCUACUUCAAUAAGCCUGAUAUUACAAAUAUUGACAAAGGGGGAUGAAAAUAUUAAUAAAAGAAUUUAACAGAAGUUGUUAAAUGCUUUUGUAGAAUCCUGUUUUAGAAGGACUAUGAAGGCUUUUAUCAUAUUAUUUGAUGAAAUCAAUGCCAUAGGAGGAGUUCGGCAUAAUAAGGGAAAUUAUAAUAAUGGUUAAAUAAUUAUGCUAAAAGAUGAUAUAAAAGUAUCGAUGGCAACACAUAGACUUAAUACUUUUGGAUCUAGGAUUCUUAAGAGCUAGGAGAUUAGAUAGAAAAGUGUAUUUUUCCCAGGUAUAGAAGAUCAAUCCGGCACAUUUAAAAUCCAAGCAAGAACUAUGAGCAUGGAAAAUAAUUUUGGAUAUGAAUUAUUAGCAAGGUUAAUUUGA